AUGGGCGCCGACAACUCAAAGCCCUCGUCUGAGGUGACGCAGCAUGUCUUUGCUCCCCCAACUGACAAGUCUGCGUGCAGUGAACACCCCGUCCGCUUCUCCAAUGGCCUGGUCGACUCAAUCCAGAAGAACACUUUCACAGACUCAGCGCGGUCCAAGGCGCAAGAACUCCAAUACCAGCAGCGUCUCACAGCCGAACUUGAGAAAAUGCGCCAGGAAGAAUUGGACAACUUCUCCAAGUUCAGCGAAACAUUGUCCACCGAAUCAGCGCAACCGAGCGAGCCUUCCCUCGUCGACCGAAUCACGGACGCUACCUCGAGCCAAGCCACUCUCGCAGACAAGCAACGCCAACAGACUAUGAGCAGAGACAGCGUCAUCAAGGAGAUUGAGAACUUAAAGGCCAAGCUGGACAAGAGGAAGAAGCUAGAACAGGUCGAUCAGGACCUCAGCAAGGCCAAGGAGGCCGUCGUCGCCUGCCUGAGAACUUAUGACCGGCGGCCACUGGACUGCUGGAAAGAGGUCGAGGCAUUCAAGAGGGAGGUAGGCCGGCUAGAGAAGGACUUCGUCGAGCGCACCAUUCGAUGA